AUGGACGGCUCAAUAUCCUUCGACAAGUUUUACAACAUUAUCAACAAUUCCAAGGUGUCAAGCGCAAAAACAUAUCACGGAAUCGAUCCAAGCACAGAAGAGGACCUUUGGGAGGUUCCGAUAGCUACGGAAGAUGACCUUAACAAGGCCGUGGCAGCAGCGAACGACGCGUUCAAAAAAUGGUCAUCUUUGCAACAGCAGGAAAGGUCUAGAUUUAUGAAGGACCUCGCGGAUCAUCUAGAGAAGCACAAGGACGCGUUAACCGAAUUGCUCAGCAAGGAGAGUGGUAAAUCGAUGCCAUUCGCAGAGUCAGAAGUUGAAAUGGGAAUCAAUACUAUGAGACGUCACUCGGAUUGGUCAGUUCCCGACCAAGUUCAAAAAGACACCGAAGACGUAAAAAUAGUUGUCCAGCACGUUCCAAUCGGUGUGGUUGCAGGAAUAACGCCGUGGAACUACCCUUUCCAACUAGCCAUUCUCAAGACGGCUCCAGCACUAGCUACUGGUUGCACAGUCAUACUGAAGCCCUCUCCAUUCACGCCUUACACGGCCCUGAAGAUAGGCGAGAUCGCAGCCGAAGUCCUUCCUCCUGGCGUGGUACAGGUGCUUGGCGGAGACGACAGUCUCGGCCCCUGGAUGACAAAACACCCCGGCAUCCAUAAGAUCUCAUUCACCGGCUCCACAGCGACCGGGAAGAAGAUCAUGGCUGCGGCAUCUGAGACAUUGAAAAGAGUUAACUUGGAACUGGGUGGCAACGACGCAGCGAUAGUGACCGAGGACUUCGACGUCCAGGAGGCGGCGCAACUAGUCGCCACCGCGACGUUCGCGCACUCCGGCCAGAUCUGCAUGGCGACGAAGCGCAUCUUCGUGCACGAGGCCGUCUACAACGAGUUCAUGACGCACCUCGUAGCCUCGGUGACGAGCUACAAGCCGGGCGAGGGCUUUUGCAGCCCGAUCCAGAACAAGGUCCAAUUUGAAAAAGUCAAGGCCAUGUACGACGACUGCGAACAGCAAGGGCUCGACUUCGCCGUGGGCGGCGGUAGCAAGGCGUGCGUGGACGACCACAGGCCCGGGUACUUCAUCGCGCCGGCGAUCGUGACGAACUCGCCGGAGAGCUCGCGCAUCGUUCGGGAGGAGCCUUUCGGGCCUAUAGUCCCCGUUCUGACUUGGAAGGACGACAGCGAGGUGGUGGAGCGCGUGAACGACACUCCUACGGGUCUAGGCGCCACGGUGUACUGCCGCGACAAGAAGCGCGCGUGGCGAAUCUCGGAGGGUCUGCAGACGGGAAGCGUCUGGGUCAACGGCGGACUGAAGCUGGAUCCGGUCGCGCUGUUCGGGGCGCACAAGCAGAGCGGGAUUGGCGGCGAGCUGGGACCGCUGGCGUUGAAGUACUAUACGAAUACAAGGACGAUCACGUACUGGAAGGAUAGACUGGAAGGACCGGAGGCGAAAGGCAAUAAGGGUUUAUUUGCUUGAGUGAAUGGGAUCCGUUUGGGUUGUGGAGUGUAUUUGUUGUGCCCGAAAUUUACGAAGGGUUAUUAUAAGGGGUUGUCCGAGUUUAUAAGGGAUAUUAUA